AUGGACCUUAGCAGAUUACAGAUUGCAAAACAAGCAGCAUUCGACUCCUACGGCAACCAACAUAGUGAAUGUCUCCCGGGGACCCGGAUCGACCUACUUCGAGAAAUCGAAGAGUGGGCAAAAUCGCCGCACGGAAAAUGCAUAUUUUGGUUGAACGGCAUGGCAGGGACAGGGAAAUCAACAAUCUCCCAAACAGUUGCAAGCCGUCUUCAAGAGCAGCAGCUUCUCGGGGCCAGCUUCUUCUUUCGGAGAGGUGAAGAGGACAGAGGAACAGCAAAAAAGCUUUUCCCAACAUUGACCGAGCAAAUGGUCAACCGAAUACCUCAAAUGCUGCCUCGAGUUCAAAAGGCAAUGGACGAUGACCCUAAUAUUUCGGAAAAGGUGUUGAGAGAGCAAUUUGAAAAGCUUCUACUGAAUCCACUGUUUGAUAUUGAGCAGCGCGAAGAGAUCAAAAGAAGAGUGAUCGUGAUUGAUGCUCUAGAUGAAUGCGAUUCAGAAGAUGAUAUAGGGAUUAUUCUCCGGCUCUUACCCCAAGUUCGAAAGUCAACUUCUGUGCAACUACGGUUUUUAUUGACAAGCAGACCUGAGUUGCCGAUCAGGCUGGGCUUCGAAGGGAUCACCGAUGCCCACCAGGAUAUGGUCCUCCAUGAGAUCGAAAAGCCAGUGAUAGAGCAUGACAUAUCCUUGUAUUUUGAGGAUCAGUUCCUACGCCUAAAACAGAGGCGCUCAUUUCCACCAGACUGGCCGGGAGCCGCAGCUACCAAGAUAUUGGUUGAUAGGGCCGUCCCUUUGUUCAUUGCAGCUGCUACCAUAUGCCGUUUUAUCAGUGAUGUAAAAUGGAACCCUCAAAAGCGACUUGAGGCGAUAUUGACAGACCAAUCAACCUAUGUGUCUAAGAUGGACAGCACCUAUGUUCCCGUGCUAAAGCAACUUCUCACUGGGCAAAAUGAAACAGAGUCACGGAAAUUACUCGAAGAGUUCAAGGAGAUAGUCGGGGUGAUCAUUAUUCUUGCCACUCCGCUCUCGAUCAACUCCCUUAGCCACCUAAUAGACAGAGAGUCAGAUGAUGUCAAAUGUCGAUUAGACCAGCUCCACUCGGUGCUCAGUGUACCAAACAAUUUCGACACACCAGUCAGGAUCCUCCAUCUGUCAUUCCGAGAUUUUCUCUUGGAUCACCGCGAAGACGAAAGCAAAUUCUGGAUCAAUGGAAAGUACGCAAACCAGCGUCUUGCAGAACGAUGCCCGACGGGCGCGCUCGCUCAGACCCUCGAAGGCCAUUUAGGUUGGGUUGGAUCAGUGGCCUUCUCGCCCGACGGCCGCCUGCUAGCGUCCGGCUCUUAUGAUGAGACAGUGCGGCUCUGGGACCUAGCGACGGGCGCGCUCACUCAGACCCUCGAAGGCCAUUUAGGUUGGGUUGAUUCAGUGGCCUUCUCGCCCGACGGCCGCCUGCUAGCGUCUAGCUCUUAUGAUAAGACAGUGCGGCUCUGGGACCUAGCGACGGGCGCGCUCGCCCAGACCCUUGAAGGCCAUUUAGAUGGGGUUGGAUCAGACCCAGCGACGGGCGCGCUCGCCCAGACCCUCGAAGGCCAUUUAGAUUGGGUUGAUUCAGUGGCCUUCUCGCCCGACGGCCGCCUGCUAGCGUCCGGCUCUUGGGAUGAGACAGUGCGGCUCUGGGACCCAGCGACGGGCGCGCUCACCCAGACCCUCGAAGGCCAUUCAGGUUCGGUUGGAUCAGUGGCCUUCUCGCCCGACGGCCGCCUGCUAGCGUCCAGCUCUCGGGAUAAGACAGUGCGGCUCUGGGACCCAGCGACGGGCGCGCUCACUCAGACCCUCGAAGGCCAUUCGGGUUCGGUUGGAUCAGUGGCCUUCUCGCCCGACGGCCGCCUGCUAGCGUCUGGCUCUUGGGAUGAGACAGUGCGGCUCUGGGACCCAGCGACGGGCGCGCUCACCCAGACCCUCGAAGGCCAUUCAGGUUCGGUUGGAUCAGUGGCCUUCUCGCCCGACGGCCGCCUGCUAGCGUCUGGCUCUUGGGAUAAGACAGUGCGGCUCUGGGACCUAGCGACGGGCGCGCUCACCCAGACCCUCGAAGGCCAUUUAGGUUCGGUUGGAUCAGUGGCCUUCUCGCCCGACAGCCGCCUACUAGCGUCCAGCUCUUAUGAUAAGACAGUGCGGCUCUGGGACCCAGUGACGGGCGCGCUCACCCAGACCCUCGAAGGCCAUUUAGGUUCGGUUGAUUCAGUGGCCUUCUCGCCCGACGGCCGCCUGCUAGCGUCUGGCUCUUGGGAUAAGGCAGUGCGGCUCUGGGACCCAGCGACGGGCGCGCUCACCCAGACCCUCGAAGGCCAUUUAGAUUGGGUUGAUUCAGUGGCCUUCUCGCCCGACGGCCGCCUACUAGCGUCCGGCUCUUAUGAUAAGACAGUGCGGCUCUGGGACCCAGCGACGGGCGCGCUCACCCAGACCCUCGAAGGCCAUUCAGGUUCGGUUGGAUCAGUGGCCUUCUCGCCCGACGGCCGCCUGCUAGCGUCUGGCUCUUGGGAUGAGACAGUGCGGCUCUGGGACCCAGCGACAGGCGCGCUCACCCAGACCCUCGAAGGCCAUUUAGAUGGGGUUGAUUCAGUGGCCUUCUCCUCUACGCCCAAUCCAUCUCACGCGGCUCCAAGCAUCUCUAUUGAGCACGGCCAAUGGAUAGCAUUGAAUGGUAAAAGGGUUCUGUGGCUUCCUAUCGAGUUUCGACCUAGUCGUUUCAAGAUAAAAGAUAAUAUACUUGCCUUAGGACAUGCAUCAGGGCGGGUUUCCUUUAUUGGAUUUUGUAUGUAA